GCGGAGGUUGCCAUGUAUCCCAGGAUUAAAAACCUGGUACUUUAUGCCUUUUCAAUAAUGCUGCUGGCGUGGCUUUUCUACAUGAAGAAACAGGCAAAGUUGGCAGCGCCGUCAGCGGACCAGAAGGCGGAUGUAGCCAUUCACAACCUGAAGCCUUUGGUUCUGGACGAUGCUGAACCCAGCAAGUGUUUGCCAAACUUGACCCUUGCCAAUUCUUCUCUCACCCUCCCGGAGCUUCACCGCAUCUUCUUAACAUACAAGCACUGCCGGAAUUUCUCGGUCCUGCUGAAGCCUUCCAGGUGUAGCAAAGAGACGUUCCUCUUGCUGGUGAUCAAGUCUUCCCCGAUCAACAUAGACCGGCGGGUGGCAAUCAGGAACACGUGGGGGAAGGAGGGCACCAUCAGCGGCAAGCGCGUCAGGCUGGUAUUCCUUCUAGGGCGCUCGGAGGCCAAAAUCCAGGUGCAACCCCUGCAGCAGCUGCUGGUUUACGAGAGCCAGGAGUUUGAUGACAUCUUGCAGUGGGAUUUCGUUGACAACUUCUUCAACUUGACCCUCAAGGAGCUGCAUUUCCUCCGCUGGUUCAUGGAGGACUGCCUGCAUGCCAGGUUUGUGCUGAAGGGCGAUGAUGAUGUCUUUGUCAACACUUACAACAUUGUUGAGUUCCUCCAAGAAUUGCACCCGGAACAGGAUCUCUUUGUUGGGGAUGUGAUCGCCAAUGCCCGGCCCAUCAGGAACACCAAGGUCAAAUAUUUUAUUCCCGAGUCCAUGUACAGAGCCCCCUUCUAUCCUCUCUAUGCGGGUGGAGGGGGCUAUGUGAUGUCUAGAGAGACGGUGCGCCGCCUCCAGAGCACCGCAGAGGAGAUGGAGCUCUUCCCAAUAGACGAUGUCUUUGUGGGAAUGUGUCUGGCAAAGAUGGCAGUGACCCCAAAGAACCACGCUGGCUUUAAGACUUUCGGGAUCCAGAGACCUUUCAAUCCUUUUGAUCCGUGCCUGUACAAAGAGCUGAUGAUUGUGCACAGACUAAACCCAACCCAGAUGUGGAUCAUGUGGACGCUGGUAAAGGAUGACAGCAUUAGGUGUGCGGUGUCGGUAACGCACGACUACAGAAGGCGCUGGAAAAGAAGCUACUGA